AUGGGUCUAGCACUUAGCCCAACAGGGGACAAGCUAGUGGCAGGAGGCGAGGAUUGCUCCGUGGUGCUCUGGGACUUGUCGGCCAGAGCCAAGCUCUUCGAGGCGAAGGCCGAUGCUCCGAUCAAAGCUGUGGCCUACUCGCCCAGUGGUUUGUACGUCGCCGCCGUCGACGCCGAUUCGGCCGUCACUGUUUGGAUGGCGAGCGACGGCGAGGAGAUGGGGGGCGUGGACGUGAAGGGCGACGUGUUGUCGCUGGCCAUGUCUGCUGGCCGCAGGGAAUUGGUGGCAGUCGGGACCACCAAUAAGACCGUGACGUUGUUUUCGGCCCCCGACCUGGAGACCAUCACCACGCUGAUGCACGACGGCCAGGCAAGAAGCCUCGCAUUCUCGCCCGACGGCACCAUGCUUGCUGGUGGGGGCGGAACCGACGAUAUGCACGGCCUGAUGACGAACAAGGGCAGGGACCACAAGAUGAAGACAGUGAUAUGGCAGAUCGCCGCUGACGGCGCCGCGGACAGCAGCAGCGCCAAGCACUUGGCCGACGUGGAGUUCGACAACGUCCUCCACGCGACAGCCUUUGCCCCGAGCGGUAAGCUGCUGGCCGUCGGAGGCGAGAGCUGCGAGGUCGCCGUGCUGCUCGUGGACCGCGGCUUCGAGCGCGCCACGACUCUGCAGUGCGCCGCCGGCGUGAGGUGCCUGGCGUGGUCGCCCGACGUACGCUUUCUGGCCGUGGGCGGCGAGGACAUGCAGAUAUCGAUCUGGGACAUCGCCGAAGAAACGUUCUGGCGUUGCAGCUGCCCAAAGCAAAGGACUGGUACUGCAGUCUCGCCUUCUCCGCCGACGGGCUCUGGCUGGCGAGCUGCGGCUUCGGCACCCGCGAAGUGA